AUGUCAACCGAGGGGAGAAGUAAUGGCGCGACCGACAAAGCUAUAGCAGCAACUCAACAUCCAGUUCACGAUGAAGAAUCCGGCUAUCCACCUUCCAGACUGCCUGAUCACGAAGUAACAUGGGAUAGCCCUGACGAUCCCGCAAACCCCUACAACUGGUCGAAUAGACGCAAAGUAAUUGUCGGCAUGGUAUGUUCUGGCAGCCAGCUCAUCACCACCAUGUCCGCAAGCAUGGUCGCUCCCGCUCUCGACCAGAUCUUACUCGACUUAAAGAUGGCGCCGUCAGUGGGACAAAUAGCCUUUUCAGUCUUCUUUCUCGGACUGGGAUUCGCUCCGUUUCUAGUCGCGCCAUUGGCCGAGACAUAUGGUCGAAAGCCGGUCUGGCUAGCCGGUAACGUCGUGUACAUCAUCUGGAACUCGCUCUGUCCAGUCGGCAACUCUCCCGCCAUGAUGAUCGUUGGCAGGCUCCUAGCAGCCUCUGGGUGUAGUGUGGGUGUCACGCUCACUGGCCCUGUUCUUGCGGACAUGUACUACGCUCAAGAUCGUGGCAAGUCGUUGGCUAUUUCUAGUCUGCUCCCAUAUCUUGGCCCAGCUCUGGGUCCGAUUGUUGGUGGACUGGCCGCGCAACAUCUUCGCUGGCCAUGGCUAUUCUGGAUUCUGUCCAUGGUUGACGCACUUUUCCUGGUUCUCGGAAUGUUUAUUAUCAAGGAGACAUAUGCGCCAGUCUUGUUGCGACGAAAAGCGCUGCUCAGGGAGAAAGCAAACUCGUCGUCUGUAUCACCAGCAGCGGCCGCAAGAAGAAUCAAGAAAACCGAAAAGAUUAGAACGAUUAGCCAGGAGCUUUUCAGCCGUCUUGGACCAGCCAUAAUUUGGCCACUUCAUCUAAUGGUGCGCCGUCCCGUCAUCCCGCUCUUGGCAAUUGGGGCGGCUGUAGAAUUUGGUAUAUUCACAAUUGUACUGUCAACAUUUGCCAACCUAUUCAUCACACAAUACGGUCAGUCAGAGACAUCCGCCAGUUUGCACUACAUAGCCAUCGCAUCGGGCGCCUUCAUCACCGCCCAGGCUGGCGGCCGUGUCAUGGACCUGCUCUGGCAUCGCAUGAAGGCAGCGAGACCAGAUCAGGAACCCACUCCAGAGUACCGAGUACCGUACAUCACGUUUGGCCUGUUCCCGGGAAUAAUUGGUCUAUUUUGGUAUGCUUGGGCGGCGGAGAAACGAGCUCAUUGGGCGGUUGUAGAUGUCGGCAUCUUGCUAUUUACGUGUGGAACGUUCAUGUUCGCCCACGGUCUCACGGCAUAUCAAAUUGACGAGUUUACGAGCACGAGGGCAGCUAGCGCCAACGCAGCGACCCGUGUUUGGAUCUACAUUCUCGGAUUUGCGUUUCCAAUAUUUGCGCCAAAUUUGUAUGCUCGGCUGGGGUAUGGUUGGGGUAACAGUCUUCUUGCGCUUGUCUUCACCGCAUUAUGUGUGCCCAUUACACUGGCUUUAUGGUUUUGGGGCGACAAGAUCCGAGCUAUUGGGCGCACUGCUCAGGAUGAAAAGGAGAGGCUCACUUGA